AGAAGAAAGUGAUCUCGAAUAGGGGUGCAGAAAUAAAAAAAGAAAAAGAAAAAAAGAAGCAACAUUUGACAAAAGGGCACGGACGAGAGGGAGGGACAUGUUAGUACCAAAAAAAGAAAAAAGAAAGAAAGAAAAGGAAUAGGAGGGACAUGUGAGAACAGUGGACAUUAAAUAGAACAAGGGCAUUUUGGGUCCCCAACCUCGCCUCACACUUCAAAUAUCCCAUUCCCCUCUCUCUCCCCAUUCUCAGAUCUCAGAGGUUCUCUUCUCUCAAAUAUUUUCUCCUUUCCUUUUUUGGGUUUAUUAUUAAUAUCAGAGCUUCACCAGUUAGCUAGCACUUGCUGUGGCAAAUGGCAGCUUCUGGGGUUCAUUCUAACAAGCAAAUGAAUAGGUUGGAAUCAAGGAAGUCACAUUCCUGGUGGUGGGAUAGUCACAUCAGUCCCAAGAAUUCUAAGUGGCUUUCAGAAAAUCUUGAUGAGAUGGACCGUAACGUGAAGCGGAUGUUGAAGCUGAUAGAGGAGGAUGCGGAUUCAUUUGCCAAAAAAGCUGAGAUGUAUUAUCAGAAGAGGCCAGAAUUGGUUUCUCUGGUUGAGGAGUUCUACCGUGGUUACCGGUCUCUGGCUGAACGUUAUGAUCAUGUGACAGGAGAAUUGCGGAGGAAUAUACCUUCAGACCUCCAAUCCCAAGGUUCAGGUAUUUCAGAUGCAAGCUCUGAACCAUCCUCCACCGGGCCCUGUCCAUUGAAGGGGAGCCGCCGUAACUCUGGCAAUCGAGCUGCCGGGUUUGAUUUCUUUCUUGGCUCUGGUGGAAAUGGUUCUGAUGUAUACCAAAAGGAUGGAGAUGAGUCCUCUACUUUGACAGAUUCUGAGGAGGAAUCCGAUGACUCAUCAGUCAACAAUUAUUCAGGUUUCUUAGGGAAUGGUGGUGAUCCUGGGGUGAACAGAAGAAUCAUGGAGAUGGAAACUGAGCGCCAUGAGGUAAAAGAAAAGUUAUGGAUGCAGGAAGAGGAACAUGCGGAGGUUUUAUCUAGGGGGGCGAGAAAUGAUAACACUGAAGAUGUUUAUGCCAAAAUUAAUGCAUAUGAACAAGAACUGGUGAUUGUGAAUGAAAAGUUAAGACUUUCAGAAGAAGAAAUCACUAAACUGAAGAUUGAGCUUGAAAAUUACAGAUCCUUGGAUUCAGGAGAUUUGGAGGCUGGUGUUGAAUUAUCAUCAACUAAAGAAUACAGCAAGUCAGGAGGGGAAGCCCUGGAAUCCAAGGCCUUAGAGGUUCAAGGAAACAUUGAUGGCGUGGAUAAGGAAUUAAAUAAGCCUAGUAGCGAGAUUGAGUCACUUGGCAAGGAGCUAAGAAUUACCAAAGAAAAUCUCAAGGCUUCAGAAAUGCAAAUUGCUUCCCUGAAAUUUGUGGCCAAUAAAUCCUCUGAAAGAAUUCAGCAGCUGCAGGAUCAACUUGACUUGGCUUGGAAGGACAUUGCUGCUUGGAAAACUAAAUUCAACAGUGAGAAAAGAGAUAGCACCAAACUCCAAGAAAGACUUGGGAGGUUAAAGACCAGUCUGUCAGACCGUGAUCAUGAGAUCAGGGAUUUGAAAACAGCUGUAUCUGAUGCAGAGCAGAAAAUCUUCCCAGAGAAAGCUCAGUUGAAGUCGGAAAUGUCCAAGUUGUUGGAGGAACGGACUCAAUUAGAAGAGCAGAUCAGAGAAUGGGAAUGUCGUGGCCGUUCUUUUGAAGAAGAGAUCCGAAAGAUCCAGUCUGAAAAAUUAGAGAUGCAGGAGGCACUCAAGAGUGAAACAGAGCUGUUAAAGGCAUACAUUGAGCAGAGAGAGAACAAUAUAAAAGAUCUCAAUGUAAGCCUUGAUACUUUAAAAUUAGAGAGAGAUAAUCUGAAUGUAGAAGUUGGUUCUCUCAAGGAAAAGGUGAACUCCAGAGAUGGUAGGAUUGAACACCUGGACGGCCAUUUGAACCAGCUGCACAUGGAACAUGUACAACUGAUUGCUGAAAUAGAAGAGGCACAUAGACAAGUGGAAGAACUAAAAUCAAAAGCUAAGAAACUCGAGGAAGAGGUUGAGAGGCAAAAAACUGUGAUCUUAGAAGGAGCGGAAGAGAAACGCGAGGCCAUACGACAACUAUGCUUCUCACUCGAGCACUACAGAAAUGGCUAUAAUAUGCUUAGGCAGCAUUUUAUAGGGCACAAGCGAGUUCCAAUUUUAGCUGCCUAAUUAAUAUAUCUGAAUGUGAUCAUGUAAAUUUACAACCACUCCUCCUCGCCCUUGUAUUUUUGCUAUCUUCAUUUCUCUGUAUGUGGGAUGCCUUUCUUCUGCUUUUGGUUCUAAUGUAUGAGUCAAGAUCAU